UGUACUUCAUCAUUGAGUAAACCAAUUGGACAGCAUGUCUUCUUCAUACGUGACGGAGAAUACUGCUGCCAAUGGGGACUCUAACUCGCAGCCACUCCUCCGGGAGACACUUGAAUAUGUCUCCAAGGAGUGUCCCACGCGGUUAGGGAUGUCCCCAAAUGAGAUUCUGACAAAAUCUCCCACCGUCGAUGUAUUUUUCGAUGCCAUUGCUUCAGAGAGGCUACGACGCAUGCCACCAGAUGGCAGUAGGUUAGAUGGUGCUCUACGCCGAGCUUCUCGCUUAGCCUUUGCGGUAGGCUCAUUGAGAGACUCCGUGGCCGGCUUUAUGGACGGAGCAGACGAGGCAGCCAAGAUGAUCUGGGGCGCUAUUGUGUUACAACUUGAGCUGGGCAUUGAGCAUAUCGACGUCCUGGAUAGUCUAUUCGGACAGUAUGGCAAGGUGACACUGGGAAUUUCAUUGCUUCUUCAACAGGAAAGCUACUUUCAGACCUACCGAGCUCUACAGCAAGAGGUUACAGAGAUCUACGCCCACGUGCUUCAACUUGUUAUGCAUGUCACCAUGGAAUACCGCGAGGCAGAGCGCUCACAAAACUGGCAAUCCAUGAGCGAGGCCGUGAACCGCUCAUUUUUCUGCUACUUUAAUCGAUUCACCACUCACUGGCGCCGGAUGUCACAAGUCGCUUUGGCUACGGGGGCACCUAAUCAGCAAACCCCCUUGGACCUCGCUGCCAUUUAUCAAUUCCUCGAGUUACAAGAUCGCCCCCUGCAUAUGUUACUUGAAGGACAUAAUCAUUCGUUGGCUGAUGGUUCAUUUGCAUGGUUUGAUCCACAUUUGACCACAUUUACAAUUAGCCGACGCAAUAUGCUGCUGAUCACUGGCAAUCCUGGCUCAGGAAAGAGUGCAUUGGCCCAGUGGACAAUGGAAAAGUUGCAGGUAUCCUCCGAAUUCGAUAUCUGGAACGUCAUUCCUAUUUCAAUCAGAUCAGAUGUACCCAUUACCACAUUGCCGUUGAGCAUCCUUAAGGGUCUUCUAACUCAGAUUCUCGAUCGCUGUGUCACUAGUCGAAAGACCCAUGAGUCUAUUCUCUCCAGCGUUAUGAAUGCUCUUGAGCUUGCUAUGACUGGAGCACCAGACCCGCAAGUGGAGGAACAGCUAUGGACCGCUAUUCGCUUAGCGUUACAGUCAAACAUGCAUUUUAUGCUAGUAGUAGAUGGCGUUGACCAGCUCAAACACUCGGAAGUCACCGUCGGCCCGUUCUUGCAACGCCUUCAAGACGCUGUCUCCGAGCGCAAUACACCGUCAAAGCUUAUCGUCUUCAGUCGACCGCUCGCAGCUGCACAGAUGCCUAUGAGGGAGACAACCACGACUCAACAUAUUUCCAUGAACAUCUCCUUGACACAGAAUGACCUUCAUGCAACUUUAGUUGACAUGAUGACUUCCGAUGCUGCAUUUGCUGGUCUUGAUGCACCACAACGAGAUACAUUGGCAGCGGCUAUUGUUCCUCGAGCGCAGGGAUGUUUUGUGUGGGCUCAGCUCACCAUUGAGGCUAUCCGAAGCGUAUCAACUUUUAACGAAAUGCAAUCUGCAGUAAAGGCCUCCCCGCAUACCUUAGGUGACUUGAUUGAUCGACUUAUACGCGGCAUUGACCUCAACCGUGUAGGAACCCAGAGUCUCCUUGCCUGGCUCCUGGCUGCGGAGCGUCCCUUACGCAUUCAGGAGAUAGAGCAACUACUGGCAGUGGAUUUGAAGACCCUGAAAAUUACAUCUCGCCCAUCGAAUACUGAACGCGAAGUUUUCCAGCCUCUAUCUCGAUUGAUCUCCGUCCGCGACGGCUUUGUUACCUUCAAGCAUCACUUGAUUCGUGAUCACAUACAGGCUCGGGCACUGAUGGGCCAGGAGGUGCCCUUCUCGCUAUCUGAAGCCCACUAUGAUCUAUUGAUUCGCUCGUUGGCUUGGGUUCGCAAGUCGAUUACUGAUGAGACUGCGGUUUCUUGGGACAAGCUUCGCGUCACUGCUCGUGACCGUUAUCUAGACGCAUAUACUUUGCUUGAGUACACGGCUCGCUACUGGCUCUCCCAUAUGUUAGCAUCUCCAAUUGCUAGCUCCAAACGUGAGGAGCUCAACUUUCCGAAGCCCUUCCGUCAGGCCAUUCCAGACUCAGUCCUGUUUGCUCAGCUGGAGUUGACCAACCGCGAGUCUCAGUUUUCUCGAUCCAGCAUUGUAGAACUGUAUCGUUUGGCUGUUACAGUACGCCGCAGUGUGCUGGGCGGCGAUUCGCCCGCCUUGCUGCAGAGUUUGAUCCUCAGUGCACGUGCAGCAGACAUGGCGAAGGCUUCCUGGGCGAAUGAUCAUCUGUAUGAGGCCUGGAUGCGUAGCCGUUCCCAGCUUGGUUCAUCGGACCCCAUCACCCGCGAAUUGGAGCAACUCCUUGUAGCCACCCCUGAGGGCCGUGGUAAGGCAGACCAAGUAGCCGGCUUCAAGACUGACGCGCUACGUGAUAUGGCACUGUCUGGCUGGGAUUCAUCCGAUAUCAGCUUUGCCCAGCGCCUGCAAUAUCUCGAUCGCCUGGUUAAAUCUUACAGAGAUAACAACCAAGAAGAUGCUGCAUACGACGUCUCAAAGCAGUUCUACCGACAGACGGUCAUGACAUAUGGUUCCCACUCGUCUGAAGCAAUGCAGGCUGCUGACUUCCUCACUCAACAUUUCAACAUAGCGCCUCCCGAUGAGAUGGCACUAGAAAUUGCACGGAACAAGUAUGAGACCAUGAUGCGUUCUAUGGAUGCUACCGAUCCACGUCGUGUUGCCUACUCGCUGCAAUUGGCUCAAAUGUACGAAGACAGCAGGCAGCCUGCCAAGGCCGAAGCUGUUUUGACCCGACUCUGGUCAGGUCUUUCAGCGCGCAAUGUCGAAACAAGCCCCGCCUGGGAUCAGAAGACAAAGGUCGCUUUCUACUACUCACAGUUCCUGCGCCGUCAAGGUCGACCUGAUGAAGCAACUACCAUUCUCCGCCAACUGUCAGCAGACUUAGAGGCUGAGGGCGGUGUCAGAUCCCCGGAAAUGGCCUCACGGGCGGAGGAGUUGCGCGUCGAAGCACGCGAAAUGGGCUUGGAUGAUAUGGAACGCGCGUUGUCGCUGCAGAUCUGGAAAUAUUACCAAGCUAGUGGCCAACAGUACUCACCAGAGGCUGUUACCCUGGCAGAGUCACUGGCCAGGGGAUCACUCCCGGCCCAGGGCAAUGUGGAGAGCAUGGGAGCUUUAUCCCCCGAAGAGAGUAAGCUCCUUCCAGGUUGGAUCGAUUCUAUUGCCUCUGCGGGAGCUGAGAAACGAACCUUGCCACUCUUAACACUAUGUCACCAACUCACCACACAGCAUAUUCGUGAUGAGGAGUGGCGUGAUGGAAGUGACACAGCAUGGGCAGUACUGAAGCAUGCAUGGCCCACAGUGGAAGAUCCACAGUCGAAGGCCAAGUUCGCUUCUAGUGAGGCUCCGAUUCUGGCUAACUUGGCCCUGGAUCAUGCAUAUUGUCUGUUCCGCCGCCUUGACAUUAAGACUGCUUCUGUGGUAUACGGCAAUGCAUUCAAGGCUUCUAUCACGGCAGAUCAGGUGGCAGUUCCCUCAGUCACCGCUGUGGUGAAGACCGUGGUUGAGUUCUACGAGACUACUUUCCAGUUUGAAAAAGCCUUGGUUCUCCUUCAUCAGGUCAGCGAGUUCUUUGGAUCUCGACUGGGCGACCACGACAAACACACAAUCGAUACUCGAUACUAUGAAGGCGAUUUGGCCUUGCGCCUGGAUAAACGAGCUGAAGCUGAAAGCAGCUAUCGUCAUAUUUACGAAGCCUGCAUCCGCGAUGGCAAAGUUAGCUCUUCUGGUGUCAAGGCUGCAGUGGCCCUGGUCAACAUCUACGUGCAGAACAAACAGUGGGAUUCAGCGCUCGAGGUCUACCGCCAUCUGUGGCCUACCCUUGUCCGAUUUGAUGAAAAGGAUGGCUAUGACCGUGCGCUGCUCGAGGGACUACUACCUAAGACUUACACUGGCUAUAUGGAACUUCUGAACAAUAAGGCUGCACAAGGAAGCCAUGCAGAGCGGUACCAGGUCGCAUCUCAGCACCAGCAGCUAUGUCGCAAGCUGUAUGGCCCCACGGACGCACGAACACGCGAUGCAACCCUUACACUUGCUGCCCUCUGCGCAGAUAGCGAUCAGCAUGCCGGGGAGGCGAUUAACAACUACCAUCAAGUUUUGAAUACUCAUGACUGGGUGUCACCCUUGGAAAGCUCGCGUGCUCUGCCUGAUAUGUCCGAGCCCCUCCCAAUUAGUAUUAAGCACCAAAUGGCGCAGCUGUAUCUCCGCCAGAAGGACACUUCGGAACCCGCACGUUCCCUGUAUGCCGAGGAGCUAGCGUUGGCCAAGCAGCAGCAGGGGCUCUCCGCCCCGGCCACACUCUCGUGGCUGCGAGAGAUUGCUCGGAUGCAUGCUAUCCAAGAGUCCCCCGAGUCGCGUCGUAAGGGCGCAGCUUUGCUUGAUGAGCAUGUUGAUGAAGUGGUGCACGUUACUGCUAACCAUGAAGCAUUGGUUGACCGUGCUCAUAGACUAGCCGAGAUUUACCUGGAGCUUGGCUACAUUGACGAGGGCAAUCGACUGAUUGACGACCUGCACCAGCGUGUGAUCAACGAGACACCUGCCGCUCAACGCCAAUCACUCAAUGAGUAUCGUCCUGCCGUCUUUGUCGCUGCAUUUGAAGAGGUCUUUGGUAAACAACGCUCGUCGAAGCAGAUCCUUGACGAGCUGUCUCGCGAGGGCCAGGUCUACAGUGCCUUCCAGCGAAGUCUAUCCAGCCAUGAUCUCAUGCCUACACUGGCAGCUGGCGAGAAACUCUACACGCUUCAAACGAACCAGAAGCGCUACAACUCUGCUCAGGACACCCAGGACAAGCUGUACGAUUACUUCUGCAACACCCUGUCUGUUGCACAGCCGCUCCGGAAGAAGGAUGCGGUGCAGCAAUUCUACGCUCUUUGCAGGCGGGAAUCACUUCGGGACGACUAUAACAUCAACAUAGUCACGUCAACCAUGGGUAUGGUGAAGAACCUUUGCGAUCGUUCGCAAUUCCAGGACGCAGCAGAUGUGACUGGGGUGUUCCACUCCUUCGUGCAUCUAACCGAUGGAUUGCGUACUCCGGAAAGCAUCUUCACUGCUAUCAAGCUUUGCAUGUUCUUGAACGGGUACCAGGCCAAGAAGUGUACCGAAGAGACAACCGCAAAGAAUAUGUCAAUGGAGUCUCAGAUGCUGCUACAAGAAAUCAUGACCAAGACCAAGGAGCUCCCACUUGAGUUCACCGAACUUCCUUUCGCAGAGCUAAAUGACCUUGUCACUGUGUUGGGUGAACAUGAAAUGUUUGAGGAUUUGGAGGCCAUUCUCACCGAACUCUGGACCUCGCGUAUUGUCCAAAAGACCUGGUCACUCCCAGCUGUUGUCUGGAUUGGGCGCCGACUGGUCGAAACACGUUUCUGCCGUGGUCGCGUUUCGUCAGCCACACAGCUUGGUAAAGACAUCUGCUACAACCUCCGUCAGGUCUGGGGUAACUGUGACCCCGUCACUCUGGAAAUGACCAAGUUGCUGUCCGGACUGUACACAGCCUCGGGUAACCACCUGGCAGCAGCAGCGUUGCACGAAACUGCACUUGCCGAGCUUCUCAACAGUGAAACCGACCACCAGGAAGGUGCCAUUGAGGCCGUUACACAGCAUCUGGAGCUGCUUCAGCAUGCGCAAGCCCGCCUUACCAAGGAGGGUCAGGGUGCCAUUGAUCCAGCGGCCGCACAAGAACGAGUGCAGCAGAUCGCCACCAAGUUUGGUCUCUCGUCGGAGCAGCUCGAAGCGACCACUGGUGCUGAUGAGAAUGUGGGUAUGUGGGAGCGACCCCGUCGGUUCAGUUUGGAUGUCGAGGAUCUGGAAACGCAUCACAACCAUUUGAGACAGACCAGUGGAUCGGCAUUGUUGAAUGGCAAUGCGGGAGCCAAGCGUAUUUCCAUUAGUGCUUUGUGAUUUAUGUUCCGUGUUUGUUUAUGAUUUCUAGUUGAAUGAAUUGAAUAUGAUAUAGUCUCGUUUUGUUAAGAACUACAAUUUCAUGGUAACAACUCGACGUACUUCAUAGCACCAAGUCAAACAAAGCGUCAAUGACAUUUGUGCUUAAGCAAGUUCUUGCGAACAAAAACAAUAUAGAUGAAUGCUACAAACCCAUAUAAUAGUUCCAACAUCUCCAAGACCGGUCCAUUAAAAUCACUCCGGCGUUUCCGUCCCCUAGUUCCGGUAAUUCCGUGCCUGGUUAACGGCACCUCGGCAUAACAGUCAAGCUUGUAAAAAGAAUUAAC